AUGACUAAGAGGCCAUUUUCGGCCAAGGGGUAUAGAGCCAAAGAAUGUUUGGAGUUGGUACAUUCUGAUGUGUGUGGUCCAAUGACUAUCCAAGCAAGGGAAACAGCUGCCUAUAUUCUGAACUUAGUUCCUUCUAAGUCAGUACCAACUACUCCUACUGAAUUAUGGACAAGGCGAAAGCCCAGCUUGGCCUAUAUAUGGAUAUUGGGUAGUCCAGCCCAUGUGCUAGUAGGGAACAUUGGGAAGUUGGAAUCAAGAACAGAAGUAUGUUUUUUCAUUGGAUACCCUCGAGGUACCAAAGGUGGUUUGUUUUAUAGUCCUAAGGAUCAGAAGGUCAUUGUCAGCACCAAUGUCCGAUUCUUAGAAGAAGACUAUAUGAUGAAUCACAAACCCAAAAGUAAGAUUGUUCUUGAGGAAUUAAGAGGGGAAAUACAAGGAAACCAAACAACUCAAGGAACACCAGUUGAGGAAAACGAUCCAGUACCACAUAAAAGUGGGAGGAUUGUGGAAUCCCAAACUAAUUCUGUUUAG